UCUUAUUGUUGUAUUGUCGUCUUCCUGUCCUGACAGCAGCAGAGCAGCUGGAGCAGCAGGCUACGUCAUGCUGUCUGUCAUGGUGGAACAUGAUAGAUGAAGUUCAUCAGUCCACCUGACAGCCUGGCAGCCUGGCUGCACUUCAUCACGUGUACCGGUUGAGAGGGUACCGGUACCGGAGCCGGUUAGUGUUUCCUGGAUACACUCGGAUAUCAGUUAUUCCGAAGACAACAUCGAGAAUGGAGGACUCUCCUCAGCAGCCGCCGCUGUUCACUGUGGGUGUGAUCGCGGACAUCCAGUACGCGGACAGCGAGGACGGAUACAACUACCAGCGGACCCGGAGACGGUACUACCGGAGCAGCCUGCAGCUGCUGAGACAAGCCCUGGACAGCUGGUCCGAGUCCGCUGUCAAACUGGAGUUCAUCCUCCAGCUGGGAGACAUCAUCGACGGCUCCAACAAGCGGCGGGACGCCUCUGAUCGAGCCCUGGACACCGUACUGACAGAGUUCCGCUCCGGAUCCGGAUCCGGCUCCAGCCCCGUGGAGGUCCUCCAUGUGUGGGGCAACCACGAGUUCUAUAACUUCAGUAGGAGCUCGCUGCUGCUGUCAGAGCUCAACAGCACCCUGGGCACCGACAGGAGCCGCAGGGGGGACAUCUACGCCUUCCAGGUCAGCCCGGUCCCCGGGUUCACCUUCAUUGUACUGGAUGCUUAUGAUGUGAGCCUGCUGGGCAGAGAGGAGUCCAGUGAUCAGUACAGAGAGGCUAUGGACCUGAUCAAACAGUACAACAACAACGAGGAUCUCAACUGUCCCCCAGUGUCGGAGGGCCUGCAGCAGAGGUUCACUAUGUUCAACGGUGGGUUCAGUAAGGACCAGCUGGACUGGCUAGAUUCUGUUCUGACCUCGGCCGAUGAGAAACGUGAAAGAGUCACAAUUGUCAGUCACCUCCCCGUUCACCCCCGCUCCACAGACGCCAUGUGCCUCGCCUGGAACUUCGAUGAGCUUCUGGCCAUCAUACGGUCCCACAGCAGCGUGGUGUGUUUCAUGGCUGGACACGACCACGACGGCGGAUACUACCAGGAUAAAGACACGGGAGUGCACCACCUGACAUUAGAGGGGGUGAUUGAGACUCCACCUGACAGCAACGCCUUCGGCACGGUCUCUGUGUACGAGGACAGGAUGGUGCUGAAAGGGAACGGGAGGAUCAAAGAUCGAGUGUUGCUGUUUCCAUGCCAACGUGACACAUCAUAGGGCAACGUGACAUAUGCUGGAAAUAAGAUUCAUACACUACUGAAGCUGUCAUGGCAAUAUUUAGAGGUUUAGAGAGGUAUAUUCUGGACUGGGACAUUUAGAGGAUGUUUGUUACAUUCUCUGGAGAAGUCAGGGAAUUUUAUAUGGCUCACUUUAGUUGACAGAUCAUCUUCCAUCCCACAGGAUAAGGCUUUCCAUGUUUUUCUCAGAUGAAAAACAUUCACAAAUGCACACACUCCAGUAAUGGAAGUACUAUAACUUUCCAUACUUUUAGUUAUAUUAAAGGCCAAGGUGGGAAUAUUUUCAAAUGUGAAGUACUGACAACUAUUACAGAAACACAGACCGGAGCAUAUGUGGGUCUGUUGUGCAAUGUAGUAACAGAUUUGAUGGGUGCAGUGUAUUGCUAACUAUAACUGAUAUAUUACCCCGUUUUCAGGUGAGAAGAUAAGUGCAAAUCUGUAUGACUUACAAUGUAAAACAAUACAACGAAUAAUAAAAAUCUACCUGCAGUACUUGCACCUCUGUGCUCAGCUAAAUGUCUCAGUGACAUCUCUGGCAUUUCCUGCCGCAUUCAUGUUACAUGGGAAAGUUGUGGAUACCAGCCUUCUAUCACUUGAGUUUUACACUUGAAUAUCACUUGAGGUUGGAUUAUGAACCCCAACUUUGACAUCACUCCGGACACCGUGGUAGUGCAUUAACACUAUGGAGAAUCUGCUUGCAGAUGACAAUGUGGUGAUAAAUCAUGCCAAUAACUGCAUAUUGCUUUGUGUGAGAAAAAAUAAUCCUGUAUUCAUUCAAAAUCCGGCAACCCAGCACCUUCCUGCAGGGUUGUGCGGAGUUGUGCAGAGUUAUUUGUGUUUUAGAACGUCACCGCCUUGAAAAAAUCAGAAAAUAAUGUUUAAUUUCUCUGAUUUGCUGUGAAGAAGUAAUCCCUUUUAACUAUAUAAAAAUGUGAUAAACAACGAUAAAAGUAUUAAUCCUAUAACUUUGUUUUUACUAUUGAAACAGCAUAUAUUCCUAGUGCAGCUGUAUAGACCCCAGUGCUGUAAUACUCACACUGGCCGCUGUAACUCACAGCUCUAAUGACGUAACGCAAACGAACUUCAAGUCGCAUCAUAGCUGUGUAGAAAAAGAUGCCACCCCAAGAGGCCCAAAAAAGGACAUCUCUAACUUAACGGAUGGCAGAGGAGGACGAGUUUAUGCUGAUUUGUAGGCUAGUUUGACGGCGACCAGUAGAAGUGGAGAACGUAAAUUUCAUGAUGACAAGAUAAGAAGGAUGUGUCCUUUGUUUCAAGUAUAUACCCAUAUGAUGUUAAGCUAGCGGUCAGUCGUGUUCCGGAUCGGCUCGGGUUUGAUUGUGUUUUGUCUUCUGAUUUUUAAAACACAAUAAAACUCUAUUUUUCUUGCAACAUA